AAAAUGUUGAUGGGGUAUUGAAAUAAGUAAGAGAGAGAGUGGUGAGGACAUUUUUUUUUUAUCAUUGGUGGGAUAAAUUUUCCUCACCAAAUUUCCUCAUGAGAAAACUGAAAAUUUUAGUGAGAGAAAGUGGGUAGAAAGAGAAUGAGAAAACCAUUUUUUUCCUCAUUGCCGAGAUUGCUCUAUAUAUAUUUUAAUAAAAUGCUCGCUCUUAACCGCUUUCAAAAAAAAAAAAAAUGUCAUUAUUAAGAGGUUCUCCUUCAAAGUUUCCCUUAGCAACUUCUACUUAUCCAAAAUUAGAUUAUUUUAUCCAGUCAAUAAUAAUCAUCAUUUGAAGUUUUAACGUUUCGUUCUUUCUUCCCUCCCUCUUCUUCAUCAAACAACAAGCUACAUCAAUAUAAGAGAGAGAAAAUCAUCAAAACAUCAAAGAAGUAGAAAAUCUUCUUCCUAAAUUUUCUCUCUCUUCAAAUCUCAUGAAUUUCUCCAUUUUACAAUGCCUCUUUCCAACAAUAAUUCAUCAUAUUCGAGCUCAUUGACGAUUGGAGAGAGAUUAUGCGCUGUUUUACUGCCGUUUAUCGCAAUCAUUGAGACGCUUGCUUUCGCAGUUUCUCAUUGCUUCGAAUUGGAUGAUUUGGAUAAUCCGCGAAAUCAAAAGAAGAAGAAAUUUAAGCAAAUUCACACCGACUUUGUUCGCCUUGCUCGUGAAUCUCUUUUUACGGUGAAUGAAAUUGAGGCAUUAUUCGAGUUAUUCAAAAAAUUGAGUAGUACAAUCAUUGAUGAUGGCUUAAUUCAUAAGGAGGAACUUCAACUAGCACUUUUCAGAAGCCAAAUUGGCAAAAAUCUUUUUGUGGACCGGGUUUUUGACCUCUUUGAUGAAAAGGAGAAUGGUGUCAUUGACUUUGAGGAAUUUAUUCACGCAUUGAAUGUAUUUCAUCCCCAUGCGCCUAUUGAAGAUAAAAUUAACUUUGCGUUUAGACUGUAUGAUCUGAGACAAACUGGAUUUAUUGAACGCGAGGAAGUUAAGCAAAUGGUGAUAGCCAUUUUAUCUGAAUCAGGAUUGGAUUUAUCAGAUGAUCUUUUAGAGUCGAUCAUUGACAAGACUUUUGCUGAGGCUGAUGCUGACAGAGAUGGUAAAAUUUGCAAGGAAGAGUGGAAGACUUAUGUUCUUCGUAAUCCUAGCCUCUUGAGGAACAUGACUCUUCCUUAUCUCGUGGAUGUUACCACAUGUUUUCCAAGUUUUAUUUUCAACACUGAAGUUGAAGAAUGAGUGAUGCUUCCUCAUGGGUAGUUCUGGAAAAAGAUAAGACAGAAAAGAGUCCCAAGAAAACCAGGCGGUUUAAAUGUUGCCUGAGGUUCGAAAGAUCCCGAUAUUCAGCAGUUGGCUACUUAUCUGAUGCAAGUAUGAUUCUGGUAGUCACAAAUCUCACAAUGGCAAAGAUUCCUGCUCUAAUCGACCUGGGAAUUGUGGGUCUUAACAGCGCGUUUGGUAGGCCAGUAGCUAGUAGCUGGUAGUUAUUUGGAGGUAAUGAUAACCUAUAUACAAGUACGAUUUUGUAAAGAAAGCCUCAUGUCAAUGUCAGCUGUAAUGCUUGUCCACCUCCAAAUAUAUUUGUUUCGUAAAUUUCCUUCAUUUCAUUCUCACUUUUAAGGCAGUGUUGAGUUACAAUGGAAUCCAUGAAGAAAAAUACAUGACGGAUUCCAUCGACACGGGAAUUACCUUUACAAUUUUGCAUAUAUCUUCAUUGUCAUUGGCUGUCAUUUUUUAUUGUAUACCAUAAACCCGUGGCCGUUAGUGCUGUCGGUAGCAAUCUUGAACCUGUAAAUUCUGUAAUAGAAACCUGUGAAGGCUGUGUUAGUGCAA